AUGGACGCAUUCGCUCCUGCCCCCGAACCCCCCACAGAGCUCGGCCGCUACCGCGUGCUGUCCUCAACAGCCGGUAUCCGGGUGUCCCCGCUGCAGUUGGGGGCCAUGUCGAUCGGGUCGGCGUGGGCACAGGGCAUGGGCAGCAUGGACAAGGAGUCGUCAUUCAAGCUGCUUGACGCGUUCGUGGAGGCGGGCGGCAACUUUAUCGACACGGCGAAUAACUACCAGAACGAAGAGUCCGAGGCGUGGAUCGGCGAGUGGAUGGCCGCGCGGCAGAACCGCGACCAGCUCGUGAUCGCAACCAAGUACACAGGCGAGUACAAGGCGUACCAGCUGGGCAAGGGCAAGACGGUCAACCACGCGGGCAACCACAAGCGCAGCCUGCACAUGAGCGUGCGCGACUCGCUGCGCAAGCUGCAGACGGAUUACAUCGACAUCCUCUACGUGCAUUUCUGGGACUACACGACGUCGCUCGAGGAGAUCAUGGACAGCCUGCACGCGCUCGUCCAGCAGGGCAAGGUGCUGUACCUGGGGAUCUCGAACACGCCGGCGUGGGUGGUCAGCGCGGCCAACACGUACGCGCGACUGCAGGGCAAGACGCCGUUCAGCAUCUACCAGGGGCGGUGGAACGUGCUGCUGCGCGACUUUGAGCGCGAGAUCAUCCCGAUGGCGCGACAGUUUGGCAUGGCGCUCGCGCCGUGGGACGCCAUCGGCGGCGGCAAGUUCCAGACGCAGAAGGCGCUGGCGGAGCGCCAACGCAACGGCGAGGGGCUGCGCAAGCUGAUGGGCGGCGAGCAGAGCGCGGCCGAGGUGCAAAUGAGCGAGGCGUUGGCCAAGGUCGCCGCGGAGCAUGGCAUCGAGUCGGUGACGGCUAUCGCGUUGGCGUAUGUGCUCAGCAAGACGCCGAACGUGUUCCCGCUUGUCGGUGGACGCAAGAUCGAGCAUCUGCACGACAAUAUCAAGGCGUUGAGCAUCCGGCUCACCGACGAGCAGAUCAAGUACCUCGAGAGCGUCAAGCCGUUGGAUGUGGGAUACCCGCAUAACAUGCUGGGAGAGGAACCCGGCCUCACCGGGCACGCUGGCAUGCCGCUCGCCCCGUCGGGCCAAAUGGCGUUUGUCAAGUACCCGAAGGCGAUUGGAUACGAUGGAUGA